AUGAGACUUUCACUUGUCCUCGCUUCUCUUGUUUUCUUUUCUGCAGCAGACGUUAUCCUUAGUAAUGGUGUUCCUGACGUCGGCCAGCCAGGUAAAUAAAUUUCUAUAUUAUAUAGCUUCGUAGACGUGCAGAACGAUAAACUUCGCUUGUAAGUUUAGUUGAAAACGCCUUGGAAAGUAACGUGCCAUGAACUUGCGUGCACACGGAAAUUUGAAAUUUAGUUUUACAAACAUACGAGCAGAAGCAUUAAUCAUAAACUGACUUCAUCUCAAAGCUGCACUCAGUUUAGAGAGUUUCCUGCACAAAGUAUCAUCUUGUUUGAAAGUAGUUGUAAAAAAAUUAUAAAUACUUUUUCUGAUUUUGAAAAGAUGUAUAAAUUGCAUUUUAAUAUGGUCUUGAUAUCUUCUUCGGUAUAUAAAAUUUGAGCCAUAGUUCUUAGUUGAGUUAUUUUUAGAUUUUGUUGUAUCAGGCAAUCUCCCUCUUCAUAGAUUCAAAGAAAUACAAUUGAGCAUUAAUUUGCCAAUAACUGAGUUACUAAAACUAAAACAGCCUACAAGACAGCUCUGGUCGGUAUGAGGUCAGCUCACACGAACGGAUGGUACCUUCCCACAAAAAAAAGCUAAAAAAAUGGAAACCAAACAGUUCUAUUGCUGAUCGAGACAUUCAUAUUCAAUUCUGCCGAAAUAACUAAUAAGAAAGAUGCGGUUGUCAUACAUAUCUGAUAGUAACUCGAAGCACAAUUUCUAAUGAGGUUUUUCGCUAACCUGGCUAGUAGUGGUUAAUACAUCAAGUCUUAUGCAAGCCAGAAAAAGUUUAUUAAAUUGGAAAACAAACUUGUAUGAAGACUGAUUUUUCACUGAUAAAUUUUAGAGUUCUAUCGCAGAGCUGAGAGAAAUCACACAUCAGUGAAAGACUGCAUCUUUUGUUCGACAAUUUCGGGUUUCUUUCGGGAAACCUUUAAUCUUCAAAUAUGAAAAACUGAUUGAAACAAGUGCUUUAAUUUCUACUGGCAAAAUUUAAUCUUACGUGGGAUGUUUAGUUUGCAUUUCAGUGUUGUUAGUUAAAAGAGUUUAAAUCGACCGUAAAAAUCAUAUCCUUCUGUUGACACUAAACUCAUUAUUAACUCGAAGUAAUGACGUGUAGGUAUUCAAAAACUAGUGAUGCGUGAAGUCGCUAUCCGAGAGUAACCAGUCGCGAUUGGACAUUACCCGUAACUGGAUUCAAAAAGGAUUGAUUCGAUCAAGAGCAAGGUCAUUAAAUUAUAAUCAUCCAUCUGACUACGUCAUGAUGAGAUGUUUUCAGUACAAGGAUGCGCAACGGAAACUAUGAAAAAAGGAGAAACGAAAGGAAAUUCUUAAAAACUGAACAAAAGAUUGAUUUUAUAUACCGGAAGUAUCGGAAACAACAAGUAAACGGAAACUGCGGUGCUUAAAGAAAAUUUGAACUUUGAAGUUUUUGGAAGCCUUCAUCAAAGUUUUUUAUUUUUUUUCCUACAUCUGUGUGUUCAACGUGCUGACUGAGUGACUAACUGUUAUUUCCACCACGUUUUUCUCCUGAAGGUAGCUCCUGUAGUCCUCUCGUGGUUGGCCAAGGUGUAAUUGUGCAAGAGAGUUGCACGAAAGCGCCAAGCCCUCGCGGAACCGUUUGUGACUUGGCAUGUCCGAACGGCAUGAAAUUAAUGGGACCCCCAUUUCAGCAGUGUGGAAAUGAGGGGAUCUGGACUCCACCCACUGGUUCCAUCCGUUGUGGAGGUAAGGUGCUGUGGUGACUUUAUGAAGAAGCAAGUCGGCGUUGUCUUUAGUUAUUAUCUGAAGAUGGUUUAUAUACUAUCAAAACUGUGAAAAAAAAUUUAAACUUCAUAUUUCUAAUUUACAAGAGCAUUCAUUUGGUAGAAAUUUGUACCUAUUCAUUUAUCAAUUAUUUACUUAAUUUUAGAUAUUAAUGAAUGUGAAUACGAUAAAGGAGGCUGCAGUCAUGAAUGUGUAAAUGAUGUGGGUAGUUUCCACUGCAUCUGCCCUCAUCCGCUGGUUCUAUCUGAUGAUAAACUCAAUUGUAGAGGUAAGUGAUUAAGAGCUGUUGUUACAAUGUUGCCUGAGUGUUCCCUUUGGUGUCAAGUUGUUCUUUGAGAACUCUUUAAAUUUCCACUGAAGGGUCUCUUUGACGGGGAGCAGUGAGUGAUCGUGAUGUGAUUAUGAUGUCAAGUUCUUCGAAGAUCAAUGGGAAGGUUGACCCUGUCGACACACCCUCCGGUGACUGUUCAAACCAAUCCAUGCUCUACACCGCUCUGCCACACCUUGGGUAUUGGUAUCCCUGAGUAGGGAAUACAGAUACCAGGAAACCUGCCUAUUUAGUUGCGAUAACCACAAAAGCUUGAGAAAGCUCGGACCUAAGAUCGUGGGCUCUGAGUGACAGUACAAAACACCCAAAGAAUAAUAUACUAUUCUAAUUAAGAUACCGAUAGAGCAACUCAUGAAUAGAAGACCUUUUUAUGUUUACAGACUAGACUUGCCUGAUGACAAGAGAAAAAUAGGGAAUCUGCCAGGCUUUCAUGGUUAACCAUAGCGUGUAAUGUGGAGAUAUCUCGAUUUGGAAAGCUCGUAAUUAACAGAGAAGGAAUUUAACUGAAAAUAUCGUUCAAAGAGGUUAUCACGCAAAUUCAUUUGAUGAGUUGUCAAUUUUAAUUGGUGACUUAACCGGGCCACUGAGUCGAAGAGAAAAUGGGUUGGCUGAAAGUGGGCUGUUACCAGGUACAAAUAUCACCAGAAAAAUCAGGCAAACUGUUUUACCACCAAUAAAGUGUGCAACGUAAGGUGGCCCUGGAUGCAAGUGCUCUGUACAAGACUAUCCAGAACAGUUAUAUUCUUAUCACAAACUUUUGUUGUUUUCCAGCUCCUGGUCUGCUCCUAAACUGCAGCACACAUGCUAUCGAGGUCACGGUCCCUAAAACAGCUUUGCGCGACCUGCAAGGAGACUUCCUUAGCCUCCUGGACCCAUCAUGUCCCGUAAUUGAGACACCCACACAUUACAUCUUCAAGACUGGAUUGGACAAGUGUGGCACCAAGAGACGCAGUACUAUGGACUUCAUCGUCUAUAGCAACAAAAUCGUGGAGAAGAAGGCUGCUCCUGGAAGCAUCAUUACGCGGGUUGGAGAGGAUGAAUUUGACAUCCCAUUUUGCUGUUAUUACUUGAACAACGGUAUCACCUCAGCGGUUGGAAUCAAACCAGUGGUGAAGCAGCUGUACAUCGAGGAAGAAGGGUGAGACCACGAGAGAAGUAUCAAAGCAGAUGCAAUGAUUUUUUCGUUGCUAUGCAAGAUAGUUAACAGAAAAGUAGAAACGGUUUCUCAGGUACACUGCCGAUUUUGCACUUUCUUUCUUCUCUGACCAGAGAAUGAGCGAUCCAAACUUCUGCAUCCUGCUGCACUGCAUUUUUGAAAAAGCAAAGAUAAUAUUUAUAGAAGUAGUAUUUCCUUCCUUAAACAUUUGAUUCCAAUAAAUGGUUAUGUAUAAUUUUUCCUUCCAAUUUCAGUACGUUAAUAACCAGGGAGAUGAUAAAAAAAAUCGAGAACUCUAUCAGCUGGAAGGUGCCAUUUUGAUUUAACACCAAAUAAUCUAAUUAGAGAGAGUUUUAACAGAGGGUUAAAAUCAGCGAAAGUAUUAUCUUUCAGUCCCAAAAUUAAUCGGUUAACUUCCCUUUCCAUAGGUAUGGCCGUUUUUCAAUCCGCAUGGAUUUCUACCAUGGCGAAGAUUACCAAGACGUGCAUUCGUGGAGUGACUUUCCAGUGGAGGUACCAUUCCGUGAACGACUGUACUUUGAAUUGUCCAUUGCUACUUUGGACCAAAGUCUCGAGAUUAUGGCGGGAAAUUGCUGUUCCACACCUACCGCUGACCACAAAAAAGUGGACAGGUUCAGGCAUGAACUUAUUCACGAAGGGUAGGUUCAGUUUGACAACAGCUCAAAUGAAUAAAAAAUGAAUAAAAGAAUAAAAUUUCCGUUGCUUGUUCUGUGCUCUAUUACAUUUUCGUCAGUAUCUGUUGAGCAUAAGUCUCAUUCAGUAAUGUAUUCAUUCGGCGGCCUUUCUUAGUUAUAAUAAUUCAUUGGAAUAUUUAUCUGGGAAGUAUUGCAAAUCAACGAUAAUUACUUUUUUUUGUCUUUUUUUAUUGAGGUAUCUAACCCGUUCGACCGCCAUUCAAUUAAUGAUAUUUUCGUUUCGUCGUUUCCCCUUAAAAUUCUUUGAUCGCUGACAAAGUAUUCUAGUAAACCGCGGCUUCGUCAUUUCUGUAGCUUUCAUUGCGUCUAACUCUUUUAUUUCUUCACUUUUUCUUCAUUUGAUACUCUCAGGAGACGAUGUAAUUAUUUGCCGUAUAUUUCAGUCCUAAUCCACCGUUCUAAUCCAAUCUUACUACUCCAGGUGCCCGGUCGAUGAUACAGUAAAGAUGGAAGAUUCACCUUCUCGACAGAAGAAACGCUUCAGCGUCGAAGCCUUCAAGUUUGUGGGUGAUUUCCCCUUCGUAUACCUCCACUGCAGUGUGGUGGUUUGUAGAGCAAAUGAUUCCGACUCACGCUGUUCCAAAGGGUGUGUCCCAGGCCUGCACGUGAAUCCGCCAUGGGACGUCAUGGAGAAGCUGAAAAAGAAAGAGGAAGCGGAGCACCGAGCCAAGCGAGCCCUAGACUAUAAGGACCCCAACUAUUUAAUCUCAAAGGGGCCCUUUUCUUUAAACGAGGAAAGUUUAAACGAUGAACCUGUGAUUGAUCUGAAAGGACCUCAACGGGAUCAGUCUAAAUUGGAGGAAGAUGAACAAGGAAAAGACGAAGAAAAGAAAGGCAAGUGUUAAGAACUGCUGCAAUUAAAGCUUUGUUAACGCUGUUGUCGUUGACUCCGCCGGUUUUUUUAAAUUUCCUUGUCCUGAGUUACACCUCGUAAUACCAGACAUUUGAACAGAGAAGUGUAGUCCCCAAUUAACAGUGAAAAUUAACAGUUUGAGACGCGAGAUGAAAUUCUAGGGUUAACGUUCGUGAUAAAAUCUCUGAUCUAGUGGUCAUUUACACGCGUAUCAUUGCGCAGAGUGGCAAGUUGGCUAAAAACUCACUUUCGGUGGCUCAGCUUCUUAUACCCUGCCAGUUUGCUGUUUGAAUCCCCGGGGAAAAAGGCGAGAUUUAAUGGUCUUUAAUUCAAAGUGGCAAUAACAGCAUGAUCAUUAACUACGUGUUUUUGCAUUUUAGGGUGGAACCCACACGUGACAAACGGUCUAAUGAUUGUAAUUGCUGCAGCAAGUGUCCUCGCUCUCGUGGGUGUCAUCCACGUCACACGCGUGAUGAAACGCGGCCGCAAUUACAAGGUGGUCGAUCAGUUUUGAACAAUGGGACCUUUUACGUACUUUUUUCUCGAAAUUGCUCUCCAGAAGGUUCAAGUUGUGUGUAUUACGCAACCCGUGCCAGCUGAAAAGAGGAUCUUUUCCUUGAAAGUCAUCCUGUUUAUUUUCUCAAUAUAUUCAUAACUGAAUGUAAAAGUAAAAGAAAAAAAGAAAAGUCUAAAAGUUUUAUGCAAAAAACAACCAACUUGAAGUUUGAUGAUCUAAAUGCUGCCUUUCCUUAACAAAUAGUAGAACAAAAAGCAGAACUAGCGUUUUACUGUUCAUUCUUUUGAACAACUCUUUUACUUCGUUCCUUAUUGCGGAAAGGAAAUCCUAAACAUUAAAUACGAAUAACAAAUUCAUUUUUAAUCUUUACGGCGGUUUCUUUUAUGUAAGUUCUAUUUUUUAUAUACUAAAUAUCAAACCAUUCAUUUAAAUGAAAGUUACUUUUGUUAAAAAAGAGUUAAGCAGCAAUUUUUAGAUCAAAAUUGAUUUUGAAUCCAUAGCUCCUUAGAGGUAUAUUCCUUUUAGAAUGUGCUAAUGUUACUUAAGGUAGAUUAAUAAAUGAUUCUGUAGAGCAAAGAGAAUAAAAUAACUUCGAAAGUUAACUACUGUCAAUUUUGUUUGCUUUGUUUUGUUUUGUUUUGUUUUGUUUUAAAUACAAUAUCGAAUCAUGAGUAUUUCUUUCAUUUUCAAGUACCGAAACCUCCUUACGAACAGUCUGAAUCAAAUAACAAAACACGCCGCGGAAAAAUUUUUAACUUUCGUACAGAAGAGCCGAGAAAUACUUGAAUACAAAUGCCAUUUAUUAAACAGAACAGACAUAAAGGAUAGGAAAUAUUUUUUUCAGCCUCGAUGAACAUGUGUUCCGAGAUUGUGCACCAACAGCUAGAACAAAAUGGAUGAGUUUGGUCCUUAAUUAUAAAGCGAUUCUACGAAUUAGCUUUCAGAAUUAAGGACUCCUUGGAGCCAGAUAGCUCCCGGAAUUUCCUAUAACUUGUCUUCCAAAAUUUAUUGCUGCAACAAUUGAUGCAGGCAAUAAAAUUAAGUUUUAAUUUCUCUCUGACUGCAGUAACUCUGUAAUAUGCAGUGUAGUGAAAUCUGCGGAAAAUUACAGUAGAUACUGCUCAUGUAGCAAGGCUUCUAGAUCAGGUGGAAGCCUAACCUUCCAAUCUCAUCGGAACACCGAGAUGAAGGCCUGAAAGGAAAAAAAAAGCCUCGGAUAGGCCAAUAACACAUCACAGCCGCACAUAAUCCCAGUUUAUUUGAAAUGAAAAGACUAACUACGGUACCGUUUCACCUUAGCAAUUCGUCGGGCUUACAUGACAUCAGGCUGGUAUCCAUUCUCACCACCAUGCUUGCCACGGCAAAAACGAAAGUGAGGACACUGGACCCCAGCCGUGCAAUCCGGAUUUGUGAUGACGUUAAUGUAACUCAAUCUUCUAUCUUUGUUUUAAAUCUAGAUCAUCAUUAUUUAAAUUAAAAACAGGCGAGGCGGAUUGCGCCUUUUUAAAUUCCGUGUCAAUUUAUUAGCUAUUCACUUAAAUCCAUCAAUUUCUUAAAUGCAUUCUUUUACGUGGUUUUUAAACCCAGAAUAAUUCAAAGGCUUUAUUUGAGCAAACACUGCGAGCAAAACAUUUCCCAUAAAAAAAAAAACCUCCAUUAGCUUUCUUUAUUUCCAUGAAAAAAAAUUCGAGUCUUUGUGAUGGGUUUCUCUACAUAAGCAAGAAUUUCUCAAGGCAGAUAAGGACGCAAUAGGGUUUUUUCAAAAAAUCCAUCGUGAUUGCUUAAGCAUUUGCUCGUCGAUUAACUUGCCUUCCGAGGAAUUUUUAUUAUCCUGGGAUUUAAACGUGUUUACACUGCCAUGGCGUGUACCUCUUUUAGUUUGUUUAUUGUGCCUAAACAAUUUAAGCUUACAGAAAUUUCGGCUCCUUACCUAUCUUGUUUUUUUAGUGUUUCGUGGGAGGCGAUUGUUAUGUUAAUUUAGAGCUCAUUGUAAUCUCGUCUUGAAAUUCUUUUUAAGUCCAAAAUUUUGUUGACUUUAGUUAGGUUUUGCUGGGUGUGGGAAAGAAAAACCUUUCCCUCUACCAAUCUAGCAAAAAUGUACCGUUACCUACUACUAAUAUGUCUUGCAUUGUUGGACGAUGUUACAGCUAAAAUACGUAAGUGGAAUAUUCUUCCAGUUUUACAGAUUAAUCUACGAUUUGAGAAGCAAUCGUUAGUCAAAACAUCGUAUAUCAUUUCCGAUGUUAAUGCGAGUUUAUGAAUGAACUUUCUUUUGCAAUUCAAGAAAAGUUUUUUUCGCUGAGGCAAUUCUAUAAAAGCCAUCUGUGGACUACUAGCAUCAAAGCAUAAUUUACAACAAGUUAAAUAAGAAAGUUAAGAACCUUCCUAAUAGGAACUUGGGUCUUUUUAACGGGUAUUUAAACUGUGGUUACAAAGGUCGCUUAAAUAUAACCCAAAAAAUUACAGCCAGAAAAAAAUAACUAUUGUUGCAGCUCGUUCUUUUUCAUCUCUUCAAAAAGGUUAACUGACUUUAUUUCUAUGAUUUUUUCAAUGCAAUCCUUUGGUUUCAUCAAUAUGUGAACAUGUACUCUUACAGUUUUAAUUAUGCAGUAUAAAUUCUCAUGUACCUGCAAAGUACAAAGCCUAGUUUAAUGAUAAAAGAACAUAAGUUGUGACUCUCUUGAAUCUGAAAUAGUUUGAUAAAUCUGAGAUAUAGCUAGAAUGGCAAGACUUCUUAUAUGCUCAUCUAGAAUAAGUUGUCACAAUUCACCUUGCCGGUUUCCGAAAAUGUUUACUCAGUUACUGAAAUAUGUAGCUUUGACAUGAUAUAUUUUUCUGUAUUUUCGUUCUGAAGCAUGCAAGUCUCUUUGCGCGAAAUAUUUUUGAAUGAAACUGCUAGAAAUGACGACUUUCCUUCAGAUGCGGUUUUUAUCAGCAAACAAAUUUGAAAUCCACUGAAAUGAUAAACUUCGUUUAAAGUGUCAUAAGAAAAAAAAGGAGAAGCACACUAUACAUUUUAAUGACAUGAAACAUUCCUUACGCAAUAAACUUUAUAAUUGAUCACAUUUCUGGAAACAAAUCUGUUAUGUACAAGCUAGCUUAUAAUUUUCAUCCCUUCAUGUGCACCGUAGCUAAGAGCAGAUAUGUAGACUAUAACGAUUCAAAAUCGAUUCAGUUCGCCAAAAAUAUUUUUUUACCUCAUAAAAAUUCAUUAGGCCAUGUUAUGGAAAACAUUGACUCGUUGUAAUGAUAUAUUUUCCCGACUUUUCUAUGGCUAGGUAGAUUAAUAUUAAAACAAAUUCGCGCAAAGGUUUACCAGCAAAAUUACGACUUAAUUUCUUACAUUCCCCCGAUGCAUUAACUUUUAAUAACUUUCCAACUUCAGCCCAUUUGGUUUGCCUGUUAAUCAAAACCUUUAACUGCAAUUGGACAUAAAUUAAGAUUUUCUUACACUAGCAUUAGCUUUCAUUGUAGAUAUCUAUUAUUACUAGCGGCAUUGGAGUCUCAUGUCGCUUGAGCCUUGGACUUUUUGAAACGAUUUACGAUUUCAGUUAUAAGCUGAGAAAUAAUUGUUUACAAAGUGCUAUUAUUCCACCGCCUACUCAACACAUUCAUGUCGGAACAUGGAGUGAGCAUCGAACUCGAAAAUGGGAACUGCAUCUUGAGAUAAUUUCAUGAAUAAGAUACUAAAAACUCUAAGGAAACGGCCAGAUAUUGAAGUGAAAAUGCUUAUCAUUUGACAAAAGGGAAAUAAGGUUUUUUUUGCGGGAUUAUAUCUUGUCAUUUAGCAUCUUUAAUUCAAUAUUGUGAGGUCAGAGGUUUUUUGACACCCCGUGCUUAAACAUUUUAUGAUCAAUAGCAAACUUCUCCUUGCAGAAUUCCACUUUACAGCUGUAUGUUGACACAAUACACAAUGACCUCUUAGUGUCUGUGGAUACAUGAAUACAUAGCCUUGAGAGAACUAGAGCUACCAAAAAUAAGAGGUAGUAACACAGAGAAAGUGACUCAAGGAGUCGUUCUGGCCCAGUUUUUAUCACUCACUAAUCUAUAGCUGUUCUAGGCUCCCAGCUGGUUAAGUCGAGUGAAAGAGCUGUCGCGUAAUAAACAGCGGUCAUGGUUGUAAAGGAAAUGGCUGCACCAUGUUUGGCACCUGCAUUUUCAUUUGUUCCCACCAUGUAAAAGUCAGGGCGAAGCAUAUACUAAACUCAAAAAGGAAUAAAGUCAGUCGGGAAGUAACAUUGAAGGAGGAAAAUUUAUCCCAUCUUUAACGAGUUUUACUCUAAGCUUCAGCCCAUUGAGUGUGGUCUAAGGAAACAUUUAGCCUUCUUAGAUAGUGAAAUAGAAAUUUGAGAAAAAAAAUUUAUUUUCAGCUGCGGCACCUGGUGAGAAAAAGUGUCCGGCCCUUAAUGUCGGAGCCCAUGUGAUAACCGAUCAUUCCUGCACUAGUGGCCCUAGUGACGUCGAUACAGUUUGUUCAUUUGAGUGUCCCAAGGGAUAUAAGCGAAAUGGUCCGGGACAUAAACGUUGCCAGUUGGACGGCUCUUGGACAAAUGGUGAUGAUCCUGUCAAAUGCGAUGGUAAGUUUUCACAUAUCUUAUAAAUUCGUUGAAGGCGAAAUUUUCAAUCGAGCGUCCAAGGUAAUCGGUGGUUGUAUUUUUUUAGCGUCACGACAACUUGACAACGCGACCAAUCUGAUGGAAAAGUGAUUCACCAAACAAUGACGUUUUCCCGCGGAAGAACCGGUUGCAUGAAACGUAGUUUCUUUACGUAUUUUUUUGGCUGCUUGCGAUGUGAACGCGAUACAAGUCAAUUUUCUUGAGCGUGUAAAGACCUCGUUUGGUUUUGAAAGUUUGAAAGGUGCUUAGAAGAAGCAAAACAAUUCGACCCUGUCAUCUCGAGAGUCACCUAAAAAAAACAUUGACCGCAGCAUCAACAUUCAAAAUAGUAAAUUUAAAAGCACGAUAGGCACCAUGCUUUGUAUAAAAUUAUCCAGUUCGACAACUUUUGUCAGCUGUAGUGACAACAGCGUGAUUAGUUUGAUGUGGUAUUCAUCAAGGAACGAAAGAUUUGGUGUAUCUCUGCGAUAAACGUAUCUUAAUUAAAAGAUUACGAUUUCUACUUUCUCCUUAAAGUACUUUCAUUUUAUAAUCUAUGCGUUUUUUCACCAGAUGUGAAUGAAUGUGAUACCGCCAAUGGCUUCUGCAGUCACCUCUGCGUGAAUAAACCUGGAAGUUACAAGUGCAAGUGUCCUCCUCCACUUAUAUUAGAUCCAAAAAAUCAGAGGAAAUGCAAAGGUACGCUGCGUGCGUAGUUUCCUGAAGCAUUUAACACAAACACUCAACCAACGACGUCUUGCCAACUAGCAAGACCUACAGUUUAUCGAAAGGAACUUUCACGCAUGUCAUCGCAAGAGACGUAGAUGGUGUCAAUAGGACCCAUGUCUUAGAUAUUUUAUGUCCUCGAUCAGUAUUUUGAGUCGAACGGGAUGUAUGAAAAAAUUUGAAGACGCAUACAAGUACUGCGGCUUUUGCGGCAGUUCUGCUAGAUUUUGAUGCUUCGUGCACCUUAUUUUAAGAGCAGAAAGAUUGUUCUCACAUCUGAGCACAUGAAAGGUUGAGGAUUUCCAUUGUGUUUUAAAGUCGGAAAUUACCACUUGAUUUUCCCUUAAAGUAUAGUUCCCCAAUCGGGAUUUGUUGAUCAGCAACUGCAUGUGUCCGAAUUAUUAUACAACCUGGGAAAUUGACUUUGGUAACCUUUUUCCCAAAAGGAUAGCAACAAUAUAUGAACAAUGUACUUAUCUUUGGUGUACAUAUCCUUGCAGGUCCUGGUGUUCAACUUACUUGUGAUACAAAUCACAUGGAGAUCGUUCUACCCAAAAACCUCAUCCACAACCUGCAUCACGAGCACCUGAGUCUCAUCGACCCAAACUGUCGAGCAAAUGGUAACGCCACACACUACAGCUUGUCAACAGACAUCACAAAAUGUGGAACCACUUCCCACGUGUACAAAAACUUCAUCGUGUACACCAACAGGGUGAUCGAAUCUCCUAACGAAGACUCGGACGUCAUAACCCACGUAGGUGUAAACGAAAUCAAAGUUCCAUUCAGUUGCUACUUCAACGACCUGGAAAUUGUCCAUACCGUCGGAUACAAACCGGUAGCACAGAAAAUCCACGUGUACGUUAAAGGACGCGGUGAAUACGCUUUGAGUCUGGACAUAUUUAAGGAUGAGAAUUACGGAGAAGGAUCUCGGGCUUUGGCGCCAUCGUCGGCGAAGUACACACAGGACGACUUCCCCAUCGAAGUUCAUCUCCGUGAGCGAGUUUUCGUGCAGGCAUCGUUGGACACUCGCGAGAAGGAUCUAAAGAUAUUUGCAUCUAACUGCUGCUCGACACCAAUGCAAGAUCACGAGGCUACUAUGAAAUUCAGGCACGCGUUGAUUGUGGAAGGGUAAGAAAAAUUUUCUCAUUUCGUUUUCCAGUAUGGAGGCCUAAAGGUUAACGAACCUAUUUACAAUGUAGAAAUAUUAAAGUCAAUCCAAACAGAUCAGAUCAUGAACAAAUUUCGUACUGCUCCAUCGCACUUGAUCUUUCAAAACUGUGCCACCGUCAAUUAAGUAUGGUAGCAGCCUUAAGAAUACAACUGACCCGACUUCACAGAAAUUUUGCACUUUCUAGCAAAAAAAAAAUAUUGGUAAAAAACAGAAGAGUUUUAUGAUAAACUUGCUUCGACAUCACCGCAUUGAUAGAAUUGAUCUCAAGAUACAUAUAAUGCAUUUUAGUUCCAGACAAGUACAAGAAGGAUAGAUCAGAAAGAAAAGUUAGUGUUCUCAUAAAUUUUUCUUUCUCUCCAGUUGUCCCAGGGACCCUACAGUUCAAUUCCAUUCCUCCUCUGACCCGACGAAAUUUCGGUUCAGUUUCGAAGCAUUCCAGUUUCUUGGUAACCACGAUUACGUCUUUAUACAUUGCCGUGUCCAUGUGUGCGAUGUUAACGAUAACAAGUCCCGCUGUGCGAAGGGAUGCCUGCCAGAAUUCGGUAAGCCACCGGUGCAAGAUCAUCCUGGGAAGAUUAAAAAAGCUCAGACUCCAGAAAAACGUGCGAAGCCGGUAGCUCAGCCGAACGGAAAGAGCGUCAAGAAGGUGGUGGCCUCAGGUACCAGCAAGAAAGCAGAGGUUCGCUCGGCGAGCAAGAAGAGCGCCGUGAAAGCUCCAGCUAAAGUCUUAGUAAAAGCACCUUCGAUAACCAAGAAGGUUCAAGAUCAACCGAAGGUACCAAAGAAGACAGAUGCCGAGAUUGAAUUACGCCAUCUCAUGAAACGUGCUGCUGCUACGCGUUUUCAAAAGAGAGGGGUGUUGGGUUCUACUGACUUAACCUCCAUAGGUCCAGUCUUACUCGAACAUGCUAAAAGAAAUGGCAAGAGAGAGCCAAGGCCUAAGAAAGUGUUCGCCGAUGCGAAAGGGAUUGGUAUGAACCAUGAUGUGAAGCCAAAAAACAAACGUAAGUUGCUAAUACCUUUAAUUUAAAGCUUUAGAAAUGUGGGUAAAAGAGAUCGGAAUCAAAGCUCUUUCACUUAAUGAGAUCAGAAGAUUUAAAAACUUCUGACCGGACCAGCACCGAUUAAAAUUAUCGCUACUCGUGAAGAGACAAGUACGUAAAGGAAUCAGAAAAGGGUGCAAGAACAAACUCAAUGCGUAAAAAAGAGAUAAUCCAUCUUUGUUUUAUUCUUAUUGAGAGAAAGGCAAAUUUCGACCUGGUUCUGUGGUCUGAUGAACGAGUUUCGCGCCAGGCACACAGGCCCUCUCUCCCCUCUCCCACUCUUUUUUACCCAUGACAUACGAAAUCAUUGUCGUUUUCAUUAUUUUAACUUUUAUGAGAUGAAAAUUCUCGAUAAUUCAGUUGUGGUACAAACUACCCCCUCGAAGUCUAAACAAUCCUGGUAAAGCUUGCAGCUUUUUCUUCCCAACGAUAUGAGUGGAAGAAUAAUGACGGGGAGUUGACGCCCACAUAUGCUGAACUCGAAGUAGCAGUCAGCGAGCAUAGGGCUUCAAAUAAUAAUUUUCAUUUUCAUUGGAUUUUCUUGUUUCAGGUACGUCUGUGGCUCCUAGUGCAACAAACAUUGUUCUAGUGGUGCUAACAGUAGCUUCCAUCAUGGCGCUGGUUGGAGUAGCAUAUCUUGGUCGCAAAGCGACAAAGAUUGUGAACAAUCCUUACAAUUACGACUCUUUAGCAGUCUAUCAGUAAACUUCAUCAGUCGUUAAUACUACAUCCUGUUUGUCCUUUGUGAUAUAAAAUUGGUUUUAGCAACCUUCAAUCUCUACAACGCUUGAAAAUAGUAGAAUUUAGUAUUAUCUUGGCCCUUCCGCAUGUAACUUUUAAGAGGUUCCACAAGGGAAAAACUUCUCGAGCAAUUCACUGAGAGGUGGCUCAUUUCACACUUUUUCAAAAGCAUUAUGAUGGCAGAAAACUGGGUCAAUUUUUCUAGUUCUGUUUUUCUUAUAUCUUUUCUGUUUAAUCUCUUUCUGCUUCUAUCUGUUUCAAAAAUGUUUACUCUUGGUAAUAAAGACAUUCUUAAAUACACAAACUUGUCGAGAGCAAACAUAUGCAUUUAGACUGCAAGCUGCCCCUCCCUUUCGGCGAAGUCCGUUGUGCAAGCGCCUCACUUCUGGAGCUCCCCGCAGCCCACUAAUAUCAAUAUUUUUUUCAUUAAAUAUUUUUUUGAUUUGAGCGACGGACUUUGUUGCAAAGGAGAGACUGCUCGUAGUCCAAUAACCAUUCGAAAUACACUUAAAAAAACUGUUUUAUCGAUGUUUUUAUAAAAAAAAAAUCGUGUGUGGGCAAGUUAGGUAGUCCUCUUAAAAAGUUAGAGCCGCAG